AUGAGGCUUCUCUUACAAGUGGGUCUGAUCGCUACUGCCUUGGCCAUCGCUCCUGUUCGCUUUGACAGGCACAAGGUAUUUCGCGUGAAACCUCAGGAUGAAACCCAAGCAGAUGUCAUAAAUCACUUGGCCCAGACCAAUGAGCUCGAUUUCUGGCACCCAGACGCCAUACAGCGCGUGGCCGCUAACAUGACGGUGGACUUCCGAGUUAGCGAGACGGAGUCGCCCUCCAUCCAGGCUGCCUUGGACCUGAGUAAGAUGCACUAUGAAAUCCUGAUCCACGAUCUACAAGAAGAGAUUGAGAAACAGUUUGAUGUUAAAGAAGAUAACCCAGGCAGGCACAGUUAUGCAAAGUAUAAUAACUGGGACAAGAUUGUAGCUUGGACUGAAAAAAUGGUGAAAAAACAUCCUGAACUAGUCUCACGGAUUAAAAUUGGAUCUACUGUUGAAGAUAAUCCACUCUAUGUUCUCCAGAUCGGGAAAGAAAAUGAAGGAAGAAAAGCCAUUUUUAUGGACUGCGGCAUCCACGCUCGAGAAUGGGUCUCCCCUGCAUUCUGCCAGUGGUUUGUCUAUCAGGCAACAAAAAGUUACGGCAAAAACAAAAUUAUGACCAAACUCUUAAACCAAAUGAACUUCUAUGUUCUACCAGUGUUCAACGUAGAUGGAUAUAUUUGGUCAUGGACACAGAACCGCAUGUGGAGGAAAAAUCGCUCCAAGCACCAGAACUCAACCUGUAUCGGCACCGACCUCAACCGGAACUUCGAUGCCUCCUGGAGCUCUUCCCCAAGCAAGUAUAACCCGUGUAAGGAAACCUACCCGGGCCCGGCACCAGAGUCUGAGAAAGAGACAGCGGCGGUGGCGAACUUCAUCCGGACCCACCUGGAGUCCAUCAAGGGCUACCUCUCCUUCCAUUCCUACUUCCAGAUGCUCCUGUUCCCCUAUGGCUACACCUCCAAACUGCCGCCCAACUACCAGGAGCUGGACAAAGUCGCCAAGAUUGGUGCUGAUGUUCUGUCAACUCGCUAUGAAACCCACUACAUUUACGGCCCCAUAGCAUCCACCAUUUACCCAGCAUCGGGUUCCUCUCUAGACUGGGCUUAUGAGCUGGGCAUCAAACAUACAUUCACCUUUGAGCUCCGUGAUACGGGCAGAUUUGGUUUUCUUCUUCCGGAAUCCCAGAUAAAACCAACCUGCAAAGAGACCAUGCUUGCUGUCAAAUUUAUUGCCAAGUACAUCCUCAAGAAUGCGCCCUAAGGAAUCCCUCUGAGCCCAGCCAGGGGGGUGCCGGUUAGGCUCUCGCCGGAAAGUGGACACUGGGCUGUUCCGAGGUGGAGCCUCACCUCGCCUGACAUCAGUCCUAGGUCCUCUCUUGCUUGUCAAGAGCCGCAUUGUUUCUCUGUGCUCUCAUAGACGUCCAGUGGCCUCUUAACGAAGCCACUCCACCCAAACCCUUAACUACCUGCCUCUGCCCUAGGUGCAACUGAAGCCCAGCAGAAAGCACUGCUUUGAGCCUCCUGAGGGCCUGGGCCCUCAGGAAAGUAAUAUGAACCUCAUUUUCUGUGGAGUUGGAUUGUCUGUUUGGUGUUUGUUUUUUUUUUAACCACGUGGCUUCAUC